GCACACACACACACACCUUACCGUCCUCCAGAGGUGCACACACUGUUUCUAUGUAUGUGCCGGCUCGGUGCAGACAGAGGUUGUAAACAUGGCGGCGGACGGGAUGGUGCUCACCAACCACGACCAUCAGACCCGAGUGGGGAUUCUGACGGUCAGUGACAGCUGCUACAGGAACUUGGCAGAGGACAGGAGUGGAGUCAACCUGAAGGACCUGGUCCAUGAUCCCUCACUCCUGGGAGGAUUCAUAUCAGCUUACAAGAUCGUUCCAGAUGAGAUUGAUGAAAUCAAGGAUACUCUUUUGGAGUGGUGUGAUGAUCUAGAGCUGAAUCUCAUUCUCACGACUGGAGGAACUGGCUUUGCCCCGCGAGAUGUUACACCUGAAGAGGUGAUCGAGCGGGAGGCUCCAGGUAUGGCUCUGGCCAUGCUGAUGGGAUCACUCAACGUUACACCUCUCGCAUGCUGUCUAG